AAUUGCCUGAAAACUCCAUCCAGCGAUCGAUGGGGAACUCAUGCAGUGGCGGCGGCUCGUCGGGGCCGGAGGUGCCGCUGCACCUGUGCUUCUUCCUGCUGGUGCUGCUCCUCUUCCUGGGCUUCUCGUGGUACACGAGCUACGAGUCGGCCGCUGAGUCGUUUGCGAACCAGGCGCGCAUCCUGCUCAUGGCGUCGCCGUUCGCCCUGCUGCUAGCCGUGCGGCUGCUGUCCGCCGUGGGCGAGGGGCAACGGCGCGUAGACCAGCUGCUGGUGCUGCCGAUGCCCGAGCGGGACUCGAUCCACCGCGCCGGCGGGUCGCCGUGGGGCGUGGGGCUCCUACUCCUGCUCCUCCUCCUCAUGGUCUCCUACCAGUCCAACUUCCGGGAGAAAUGGUUCCCCCUCGUCAGCAGGUGAUCGAUCGAUGAUGCGGCGGUCGGAAUCGGGUCGGCGCGCAAGUGAUCUGCCUGCUCCCGGAUCGCGCAUUGUAAAAGCUUGCUGAUUGUAGCAGGGAUGCUCUUGAUGGUUAUGCUUCUUCUUUCUCUGCUGCUAUCGUACUUUUUCUAUAAAGGAAAAUUUAUUAACUCUUAUCUCUAUAAAAUAAAGAUAUAACCGUAUAAGAGUUUGUUUCAGCCUCUUUAUUGUCAGGAUGCAUACUGGCUAGUGCUGUCCUUGUACUAAUUCUGUUUGUUCUAAAAUGGAGAGGUGUAAUGCUAUGUUCAUUUCGUGGUGCUGCCCAGCACUGUGCACCAAAAUGCAGGUGUUGUUGCCAGGCAA